UAGAAAUAAUCAAUUUUGUAUCUAAUACUCAAUUAAGUUAUAUUUGUGAAACACGGACUAAAAAUAUACAUUUGGACGAGUUUUUCUACCUGUCCUGACUGGUACGGGUGGCAGGCUUUAGGCUCCGCCUCCGUUGUCAAGCACCGUUACUAUGGGGGGCGGGGCAAGAAUGGUUGUCUAACUUCUUAAGCUGUUACGCGUGCCCUGGCAGCUCAUAAGUCUUACGUCAGCUAAGCAGAACACAGUUAUAUACACAGUCAUGGGAAGAAAGAAAGUCGUGAGAAAACGGAUGAGCGAGGAAAGCAAGAUAAUUUUGAAAGAGAGUGCUUCUGGUGGAUGGAGAAACCCCACAUGUCAUGAAGGGGAGUCUUCGCGUAUGCAGGGAGCCAGCGCUCGGAAAAUCUUGAAGGACGAUUUAUCGUCGAGCUCCGACAGCGAGGGAGAAGAAAUGGUGCCGGCGGGUUACCGUUUAUGGAAUUGCGGGCAGCUCCAGGACAGUAUAGCCAAGACCUGUGCAUGUCGCGCGUGUGGUGGAGCCGUGGUGCUUGUGGAAGACAAGGAAAAGAGACGGGGAUGGGCCAGUGUAAUGAGAUGGGCAUGCACGGCAUGCGGUGGAGUGCCCGAAGAAGGCUGGACUUCUACGUCGCGAAAGACGGGGAAGUUUUUCGAAAUCAACAGGGCGAGCGUACUGGGCAUGCGAGCAAUUGGAAGGGGCAACACUGCUGCUGAAAAGCUCUCAGCGUACCUCUCUAUGCCGGCUCCAGUAGCACACAACAGUUGGCGUCUCCACAGCCAGGCCUUAGGCGACCACGCCAGAGAGACAGCUCAGGAGAGCAUGAAUAGCGCUGCGCUUCGCGUGAAGCAGGUACUCCGAGGGAGUGAUGUUGAUCCAGGGGAAAUUGUGGACUGCGGGGUUACGAUAGACGGUUCCUGGCAAACUAGAAACUUAUCUAAACACGGUUUUGUUGCCGCAAUUUCAGUUGAUACAGGAGAAAUUCUGGACGUUCAUUACAUGUGCACCACAUGUCGGACAUGUGACAAUUUCCAAAAGCUGCCCCACACCACGGCGGAAGAGGUUGAAUUUCAGCUAAAACACUUCGAGGAGUGCCCCCGCAACCACGAAGGCUCAGCCCAGGCCAUGGAAGCUGAGGGUGCCUCUGUUUUGUACAGUCGUUCAAUGGAACUGUAUGGAUUACGCUACAACCCAUUUGUAGGGGAUGGGGACAGCUCAGCCUUCCGGAGAGUCCAGCAAGAGCAGCCCUAUGGUCCUGACAUUGAGAUAAGAAAAGAAGAAUGCAUAGGUCAUAUUCAGAAGCGAAUGGGCACUAGACUUCGGCGCUUAGUUGCAAGAAAUAAAGGGGUGAAGCUGAGCGAUGGAAAGGGACUUCAGGGAGCAGGACGCCUCACCAUGACCAGAAUAGAUUCCAUGCAAACAUUUUAUGGACUGGCAAUAAGACGCAACAUCGGUAAUUUAGAUGGGAUGGUCAGGGAGACCCAAGCCAUAACCCGCCACUACAGCGAGCUUGCUGAUCACAGUUAUUGUCCUGAAGGUGAAAGCAGCUGGUGCAAGUUUCAACAAGACAAAGCUUGUGGCACCACGACACACAGAGAGGUUGAGAAGCCCCUUCCCCCGGCUGUUAUAGAGGUUGUGCAACCCAUCAUCAAUGAGCUGGCGGACCCAGUUUUACUAGCAGGCUGCUUGCGAGGAUUGACACAAAAUCAGAAUGAAAGCUUUCAUUCCACGGUGUGGACCAUGGUUCCAAAAGAUUCUUAUCAGAGCAGCAAUGCUGUAACUCUUGGUUUAUAUAUGGCUGUAAUGUAUUUUAAUGAUGGACUGUGCUCAUCAAAUGAAAAACUUUUUCAUAGUGCAGGGAUUGAAUUCAAUAAAUUGACCAAAAAUUGCUUUGUAAAACUUGACAGAAUUCGGAUCAGUACUUGUUCAAAACGAGAGGAUACUGCUGAUAAAGAGAACAGACGAGGGCGAAAAAGACAGAAGUUACAGCAACUGGAUGCUUUCAGAAAAGUGGAAGGGGACACAUACAAGUCGGGUGAAUUCUCCCAAUCCUCGCGUAAUGCACCUAAGUGUACAACUUGUAAGAAACCAAGAAAGGGGCACAAGAAAGGAUUGUGUACAUAGUAAAAUCAACUGUUAUUGUGCAUGAAAUUAAGUAUUAUAGGACAUUGAUUUUUUUAAUAUAAUUGUAAUGAGCUCGCGUCUAUUGAAGUCCCAUACAGGCAUGUUUUCUAUUUUUCUUGUACUCACUUUUUAGUGAUAUGAUAUAUACAAAU